GUGUUGUGUCACUGUCACUCACACAAAUCGCAAUUAUAUUAUUUCCAUAAAAUUAUUUAACAGUGCUAAACUUAUUACUUACUGAAAAGGCUCUAUUUAUAAAUAUUAUUGAAGUUCUUUUUCUAUUUUGUAGGUCAACAAAAUGCAUAAUUAUUUUUUAAGUUGGCUAGACAAAUUGCUAGUGGUUUUAGAAGAAUGGAAGCUGUUAUUAUUUCUCAGUUUUAUAUUUUUCGUAUAUUUCCACUAUACAAAUACGUUUGAUUAUUUUGAAAAACGUAGAAUAAAAUAUAUGAAACCUACUAUUUUCUUUGGAAACCUUUUGAGUAGAUUGAUUGCGCAGAAAUCUUUUAUUAUGUUUCAAUUAGAUACUUACAAAUACUUCAAAGGAGAACGUUUCGGUGGUAUAUUUGAAGGAAGGAGACCAGUUUUAUAUGUUCUUGAUCCUGAGCUAAUAAAAGCGAUUACAAUUCGAGAUUCUGACCAUUUUUGUGAUAGAGCUAUUCUUCCUACUAAUGAACCUAAAUACAUAAACAGGUCUAUUCUACACCUACAGGGUUCAGAAUGGAAAGUUGUACGUGGUUUGGUGAGACCUGCCUUUAGUUCUGCCCGCAUAAAAAAUAUGUUUCCACUGAUUCAGGAGUGUACAAACCAACUAAUUAACUUCUUAGACAAAUAUAACAAUUCUGAUGUUGAGGUAAAAGAUAUGAUGGUACACCUGACAUUAGAAAUAACAGGAGUAUGUGCGUUUGGAAUAAGCACAGACACUCUUAAAGAUGAAAAUGCUGAGUUCAAAAAGACUGCAAUGAACUUCAAUAAAAUGUCAGUGCCGAAAAGGAUAUUAAUAUUUUCAAUUUUAUUAUUUGCACCUACACUAAUGAAAUAUAUGAGCGUAUCGGUUUUUAACUAUGAAGCGAAUAAGAGACUUGUUAACAUAUUACGGAAAACUAGAACUGAAAGGAUAUUACUAGGAACUAGACGAAAUGACUUUCUUCAACUUUUAAUUGAUGCUUCUUUAACUGAAGAAAAAGAUAUUGAAGGCACUAAAAAUGAAAGACACUUGGACGAUGACACAGUAGACGCGCAAGGGUUGAUUUUUCUCAUAGCUGGGUUUGAGACGACAAGCACGUUACUGUCCUUCGCCAUUUAUCAGAUGACUAUUCAACCAGAAAUACAAAAUAAACUAAGAGACCAUAUCGAAGAGAUUACAAAGGGGGAAGAGUUAUGCUAUGACCACAUCGCAGAGCUGGAUUAUCUUGAUGCAUUCAUAUCAGAGACGCUACGUAUGUAUCCUCCAGUGGCUAGGCUCGAUAGGAAAUGCACCAAACCGUACACAUUGCCCGGAACGUCUGUGCAGCUUAAAGUGAAUGAUUUCAUCGCAAUACCCACAUACGGAAUCCAUAUGGAUCCGGAUAUAUAUCCUGAACCGGAGAUAUUUAAACCGGAAAGAUUUACACGCGAGGGGAAGAACGAAGUACCCUCACAUUUGUUUUUGGCGUUUGGCGCUGGUCCUAGGAACUGCAUUGGUGCUCGAUUUGCUAUGGUCAUCGCAAAAGCAACUAUUGUGACCCUCGUGCGGAAUUACAAAUUUUCAAUGUGUCCCAAAACCGAAGUGCCUAUAAAAUUUCAUAAAAAGGCAUUCUUGUUACAAGCUGAAAGUGGGAUUUGGGUACGGGUUGAAAGAAUAUGAUUUAUGGAUAAAUCAUAUAAUAUAUAAUAGCUUUUUAGAAAUAAGUUUUAAUGUGAUAGUCAUGCCAGUAGUGUGAUAUAAAUGCCAGUAAGCCCAAUAACGUACAAAAGAAAUUACAAAUAAUUACAAAGAAAAUUCAUUUCUAAAAUAAAUAUAAUUUAUUGUACAAAACAAUGUGAUGUAAUCCCAAAAGGAUCUUAUCAGUAUCAUGUUGUAUUCAUAUAUACAUGAUUACUAUCGAAUAAAUGUGAUCUUGCCUUUAUAUUUUUUUUUAUGUGUAGAUUUAGAAGUGUAUUUACAAAAAAAAAAAAUGUCUUGGGUCCCUAAUUUCUAGUAGAUUAGUCCAGAACUAAUCACGAACAAAUUUUAUUAUUAUUUCGAAAUUAUUAUCAAAUGUUUUGUCUAAUUUAAAAAUUCUAUAUAGGUGUAAGGGUUUUUAGAUAGUUGAAAUAUUUUAUUUACAAUUUCAUAAUAUGUAUAAUGUAUAUUUAUCUUAGCUAGUAAUUUCCAUUAUGGUACAAAAAAUAUUUGCAUACAAAUAAUCUACUAUACUAUAUGUGAUCUUGCCUAAAGUAGGUGUAAGGGUAAUUAAAUGGAUAGAAAAUAAAUAUUAUUUAUAUUAAAUGCCAUUUAUGCUAAAAA